AUGGUGGUCAUUCCUGACUCAGAUCACACUGUGCGGGUCAAUGGUUGCCGGUCAGAAACGUUUUCCUUUUAUGAUUUCGCGUUCCUCAUUGAAAACGAACGUCUUGGAAAGAAGGUGAUGUUUGACCUCGGCACCCGCAAAGAUUAUUGGAAUCUUGCCCCUGCCGUCCAACGCGUCUUUGGCAUUGAUAGUGUCAUGACGGUAAAACAGCUCAAGAUCCAUUGGUCGGAGGAUUCUGGAGAGAUGGGAAGCUCUGGGACUAUGGGUUCCUCGUCAACAGGACCCCCGAUUGGAGCUGUGUCAUUAUCGGGGUAUACAUUUGGAUCCAUUGACCCCUUUGACUCGUAUCCGCCAACGAGACUUCCUCGAGAGCAGAUACAACGCCUCAUUUAUAGCUUCCAUCACAAAAUAGCAUUUCAAUAUUAUCCUCUUGACCUCGAGGCGACCUCAAAUCCAUUCCUCAUCUCAUGGUGGCCACUUGCCCUUGGCGACCCUGCAUUAUUCCAUGUCUCAUUACAGACAGCAUGUCUUGAUGAAGAGCGAGCGGCGCAGAAAGGGUUUCGAAGUUCAGAAAUUCUGAUGGCCGACUCUGUAACCCUAUUACGGCGUAAGAUUGAGGAUACAUCUCUUGCCGUUCAAGACGGUACUAUGAACUCCGUGAUUACAUUGGCAACAAUAGAGUUCGGCAAAGGAAACCAUGAGAUCAGUCAAAUGCAUAUCGAGGGCGUGAAACGACUUGUCACGUUAAGGGGAGGCAUUAACUCGGUGAGACAGACUAGUCCACUAACAGCAAGAAUGAUCACUUGGGUGUCAAUGCUCAUCAUGGGCCACCCGCAAUUUGGGACCCAAGAUGACUUUGGAAUCGGAGAUGGCAUACCCCCUAUCCCAGAAUGGCAAAUCGAACCCACUUUCGUUUACAACGAUUUGGAUGAAAAUCUCGACAUGGAGGGGGGUGAUGAAGUGAUGAAUGUUUUCGUGCGUCUGCGCAGUGUCUUCCAACGGGCCAACCGGGGCCCGUUCCCAAAUACACAACUUCACGAUCUCACAUGCUUCGUCGUGCAUCGCCUUCUCAUUUCAACUGCGGGUGCCUCGAUAUCUGAACUAUCACCAACCGCUGAGUGCAUCCGAUAUGCUAUAAUUCUCUAUUUAUUCAUUGUCCAAGGGCCAAUCUAUUAUCCCCACGAAGUAAUGGUCAAUGUGAUGGUCGCCAAACUCAUAGAAAAUCUAGAGCAACGGAGUCACAAAUCACACGAACCCGCGUCGCUCGAUUUUUGGCUCAUUGCAGUUGGGAUGGUGGCUUCAACAGGAACAUCACAAUACGAGUGGUUGUCGAAACAGGCGACAACAAUCGCCGGUUCUCUGCAUAUUGAGAGUGCCCAAGAAGUCCUCGAUCGGAUAAAAAGUGUUUUGUGGCUUGAUAAGCCACAAUCUGAGUAUAUGUUCAGUGUGCAGUGCGAAGGCUUUCUCACUUCCCAAUCCCGGUUGAAUUCGCCAGAUCUUCAAACAACAGUCCAACCGAGUGACAUCAUGACCGAGUUUCUAUGA